GAAAUUAUAAAGAAAUGAUCCUGAUUUUUUUCACUGAAUAGAUAUCAUAUAUCAUACAAAUAUUUUAGUUUGAUGACGAAUUCCUUAAGGAGCCAUUUCUGGUAGGAGAUGGCCAUGUGACAGGAGAACGCCACAUGAUGUGCGUCACCCAGACACAGCUGGACCUGCUGACCAAAGCGCGGAAGUGGUACUUAGACGGGACAUUCAAGGCAGUACAUAAGCCAUUCAUUCAGCUGUGGUCAAUCCACGCCAUCACCCGAGAGGGAGACAACAUGAAGCAGGUGCCACUUAUGCAUGUGCUAAUGUCCAAAUGCCAAAAGCAGGACUAUGUUGCUAUCCUGCAGAAGGUUCUUGACAUUCUGGAAGAGGCUCCAGCGCUAGAGUGCUUCACCAUAGACUUUGAGAUAGGCUGUACAGAAACAAGUCAGAGAGUUUGGUCUCGCCAGAACAUACAGAGAGCGCCAGUCAGUUCACAGUCUGAUACACAAGUUAUUGGCACUUCCGUUCCUCCCUGGAGCAGACAUUAAGGGGGCCUUCAGGAAACUACAAGAGCAGGAGGAAGACAGUUCAAAACAAGUCCAGGACCUCUACACAUAUGUAAAUGAUGAGUGGCUUGAAAGCUCCAAGUGGUCUGAAGAUGAGUGGUCCGUGUACCGUCAGACCAUCCGUACCAACAAUGACAUAGAUGUUAAGUGAAUGUUAUUUUAUACUUAGACUACAUACAAAACUGCAACUUAAUAGUGUGAUUAAACGCCUCUUUCUAUACAAUGACAUAUUCAAUAGCCUUGUACAUAAUGAUAAUGAUGAUGAUAAUGAUGAUGAUAAUGACUUUUUUGAACAAACAGUAAUGACCACAACCUGCCCCCUGAGGCCAUUUUACCUAUAGUGUUGUUGAGAGUCAGUGAUGGCUUUUGUGAAGCAAUAACAUAAAUUU